AUGAAGCUCACCCCAAUCGUCUUCCUCACCCUCGCCGCCUCGGCCGUGGCCCAGGACUUCGCUCCCCCAGAUUACGUAGGCUACGCAGAGAUAGCCGUCCGCACAUCCCACCACGGCGGCAACAAGGGCAACUCCACCCGCGGCAACACCGGCGGCGGCGGCGGUAACAGGGGCAACAGGGGCAACUCGACCACCACCCCCGGAGGCAACAGGGGCGGCAACACCGGCGGCGCUACCAGGGGUAACUCGACCACGACGCCCGGCGGCACUACCGGAGGCAACAGGGGCGGCAACUCGACCACCGGCGGCGGCGGCAACAGGGGCGGCGGCAACACCGGCGGCAAUUCGACGCGUGGUGGUGGUGGUGGUGGUGGCGCUGGUGGGAACCGGGGAGGCGGCAGCGCGACGGCGAGCACCAGCGCGACCCGGACGGGCGCCCCGGGCUCGACGGCGACGCCGAGCGGCGCGCCCGUGCGCAGCGCGGCGAUGGGCUUUGUCAACUCCAAUGCCGGCGGGGCUGUCCUGUCGGUGCUGGGCCUGGGCGUCAUGUGUGCCGUGAUGCUGUGA